ACUCAGCUAUACCAAACCCACCUUCCCGAUGCCAACAUCCUUCUCAUCGAGCCCGUCGCCGGCGAUAUGAUCUGGACUCGUGGUUCCCAACAGAUAAGGCCUCCGCCCUGCGGUGACCGCCAUCAACGCAUUUCUUGACUUAAAGAGCAAUCUAGAACCCCUUCUAAUUGUCCACGCCUUCUCCUAUACCUGGAGUUCCCGCCGUGCAGCUUGCAGAGGCAUAUCGAGCCGCUCAUCCGUCCGCAAAUUUCCCGAUUACGGGGUUGAAUUUUGGACAACUGUCCCGGCAGGCCAUCAGCGAGACGCUCUGCGCGCACAUUGAUCCAAGUCCUUCCUCGAUCGUCCCUCUUCAGAGUGCUUGGUGUUGGUGUAACCUACUUGGCUGUGGGUACUUCGGGGCUGCUGGACCGCCUCCAGCUUUACCCAAAAGCCAUGACGAAAAUACGGCGCCGGCUCCACCACCCCGCGAAAGGCUUUCUGCGGCCUAGGAUCAGGCGGGUAUAUCUCUAUUCUCGGACAGAUGAGAUGGUUCCGUGGGAUGAGGUCCUCGAUCACAUCAGUGAGGCAGGCGUGGCGACUGAUGGAGAGAGAAGAUUUGGUUCGGACGGUGGAGUUUACCGGUAGCAAACAUGUUAGACAUCCUGUCGUUGCAGGGUGGGAAUACACCCACGAGUUUCGGAGGUAGCGGCUGCGGACCGUGGCCUAGGCUAAAGCCGUGAUGACUCUGGUGAUAGCUGUAUGUUCAAG